AUGAGGUUGUCAAGUCUCAUCUCUCGGCAUGGCUCCGUCCUACGCCGAUGCUCCGUAGCCGGAGCCCGGCCGAUGUGUUCUCACUCUCAACGCCGACUCAUGAGCUCUUCCUUGGCUGGUGUGAAAGAGCUUCUCAAAGUCUCGGACGAGAUUGCCGAUGCUGUUGCCACUAACAAGCCUAUCGUUGCGCUCGAGUCAACCAUCUACACUCACGGAGCUCUGGGCAAUGAGCUUGCUCUUCAACAUUCCGAUCUUGUUCGCAGCAAUGGAGGAAUUCCCGCUAUCAUUGCCAUUGUCGAUGGUGUGCCUACUGUUGGUGCCACAGCCUCUGAUAUUCUCCGCAUGAUUGAGAGCGGAAGUGCUGUCAAGGCGUCUAGGCGAGAUAUUGCCUAUCUUGCAGGAAUGGGCUUGACUGGAAAGAAGAUCCAUGGUGGAACUACCAUCUCCGGAACUAUGCUUCUGGCAAGACUAGCAGGUAUCCGUGUCUUUGGAACUGGCGGCUUGGGUGGUGUUCAUCGCGGCGGCCAUGACUCGAUGGACGUUUCUGCUGAUCUCACUGAGCUCGGACGAACCAGAGUUGCUGUCAUCAGCAGUGGCUGCAAGGGCUUCCUCGAUAUUCCCAGGACCCUCGAGUUCCUCGAGACCCAGGGUGCUCACGUCUCAACCUUUGCCGAUGGUCGAUCAGGAAAGAUUGAGUUCCCUGCUUUCUGGGCUCGGGACAGUGGCAUCAAGAGUCCUUCUGUAGUCCACACCGAAAAGGAGGCUGCUGCCAUCAUCCUCGCGCAGGAGAGGCUCGGUAUUGAGUCAGGCUUGCUCUUCGCAAACCCCAUCCCCGAGGAGUUUGGUAUCCCUGCCCCUGAGAUGCAGUCAUACAUCGAGCAGGCUGUCAAGGAGGCCAACGAGAAGGGCUUCACUGGAAGCGCCAACACCCCCUAUAUCCUGGGCAGGCUCAAGGAGCUCACGGGAGAGAAGGCCGUCAUCGCCAACAAGGCGCUGGUAACCUCCAAUAUCACCCGGGCCACCAACAUCGCUGUCGAACUCUCACGGUUGUUGUCUUCUGGUUCUGAGCCAGUCAAGACUUUCAAUUCAUUUCCUGUCGCUCCAUCUGCUGCUCCAUCUGAGCUCAAGGAACCCGAAGUAGCGUCCGAGAGCAAGGCUGAUAUUCUUGUUGCUGGCUCCGUAGCUAUUGAUCUAAGCUGUGACUAUGCGCCCAAGUCGGGUGGUUCUUCGCCCGUCCUCCAUACCUCCAACCCAUCGAGUAUCAGCCAGUCCAUUGGAGGUGUCGGCCAUAAUGUAGCGCUCGCUGCCCACUCCGUCAGCAAACAUGCUCGAGUGCGGCUUUGCAGCAUGGUUGGCGAUGAUGUUGCUGGCAAGACUGUCCUGAAUGGACUUCAGGCCUCUGGCUUGGACACAACCUAUAUCCGAACACUUGGUAAUGAGUAUCAUGGUUCAAACAGAACGGCCCAAUACGUCGCUGUGAAUGACGCCAACAAGAAUUUGGUCAUGGCAAUGGCCGAUAUGGGCAUCUUCACACACCACUCGUUCCCCGAGUAUUGGAAGUCUGCUGUGCGAGGAACCAAGCCCAAGUGGUUGGUAGUGGACGGCAACUGGAGUGAGAGGGACAUUCGGGCAUGGCUCAAGGCUGGCCAAGACCAAGACUGUAAGGUCGCCUUCGAGCCUGUGUCUACAGCCAAGUCCAUGAAUCUUUUCUGCCCCCAAAAGGGCCACCCCAAACUUCGAGUCUUCCCUAAGCCUACGGUGGACAUUGCAUCCCCCAACAGUUAUGAGCUGGAAGCUAUGUACUCUGCAGCUCGCGAUAACGGCUACUUUGAAGCGCCUGAGUGGUUUGACAUUAUCGACGCUUUUGGCAUGCGAGGUGCUCGACAGCGCUUUGUCCACAUCACCUCAGCGGAGCUGACUGAUGCUGGUGUUCCUGUACAGUCUGUUCAAUUACUUCCCUACAUCCCUACUAUCGUGACAAAGCUUGGCCCUCAGGGUGUUCUUCUGACCACUAUCCUCGGAAGAGACGAUCCCCGAUUAAGGGAUCCCGACUCGGAAGAAUACAUUGUCGCCCGCUCAAUGAGCCACCCAACAGUUGGUGGACUUUACAUGCGACUAUUUUCCGCUGCCGAAAAGGUUCAAAACAUCGUUUCUGUUAACGGCGUUGGUGAUACUUUCUUCGGUGUCUUGAUCUCUGGUUUGGCGCAGGGAGGGAAAGUCGAGAACCUUAUCGAUGUUGCUCAAGCAGGCUCAUGUUUAACUUUGAAGUCUCACGAGUCCGUUAGUCCCGACUUGCACCGACUGGAAAGUGUCUUGGCACAGGCCGCAGCUCAAUAA